CAGUAUUUGCACCUACGAAUCGAGCUUUCCAGAAAUACAACAAAACCAAAAAGAAUUUGGUUCUCUACCAUAUGUCAAACUUACCAAAGACUCUGGAGAACCUAGGAGACUCAAUUUCCUCAGAUCUCGAAGGUAAUCCACCAUUAUGGGUCACCAGGAGACCAGGCACUGACGGCGAAGACAUUUACAUAAAUAACGCAAAGGUCAUCAUAAAUCGGAGCAACUUUCAAUCGAAGGUCACAGUCGAUGGCGACAUAAAAACUCAGGUUCUGCACAUAAUAAACGAAGUGCUCGAACCUGUCCGCCCCAAUUCUGCAGAAAUGCCGAUUUACAAUCCAAACGCUUUCGAGUUUCUGAACCAGAGUGAAAACUUCGACUUGGGUGUACAUCGUGUUCGCACCUUCCGGCAGCGCAUCGUCAAGGAAAAGAAGGAGGAAGUCUUCAAGGCAGACGGACGUUACACUUUUCUUAUUCCCGUUGAGGAGGGUUUCAAGCCGACGCCAAGACCGGAAAAGGUUGACCGCGUGGUAAUUGAUGGCCACGUGAUACCCAACCACGUCCUCUUCACAACCCCAACACCUGAUAAAAUACCUUAUGAAACCCUUGCAUUCAGCGAUAACGUCAAAGUCACCGUUAGUUUCCGCAAGGAAAAUGAUAAAGUUUACGUCCAAUCGGACACCAUGGUGGACAAUUCGGGUCAUUCAACUGGAGUGGUGAUGGCGGAAAUAGUUAAAGCAAAUAUCCCGGUGAAGAACGGCGUGGUGCACUUGAUUCAACGACCUUUGAUGGUCGUCGACACAACCGUGAAGGACUUCCUCGAGGAAAAGGAGGAUGGACCGGUGUACAAAUUUUACGAGACCAUCCGAGAUUUCGGCGAGGAAAUUAUGGGUACCAUAAGUCACCUGCGUGAUGUUACGCUGUUUGCACCAAGCAACGCUGCUCUGGAAGAACCUGGUGUGCAACAAAUCCUUCAGGACAAGAAACGAGUCAAGGAGAUCCUGAAUCUUCACUACGUCAGAGAACGAUUACCUCUCGACAAAAUUAAGAACAAGACUGUCAUCCAGAAAUCCUCGGGGAAGUCACAUGGGGUGUCCACUGCGGCAGACCGGAAGAAGCUGUAUUUCAAUGUGGUUCAAGAGCCUAGCGGAAAUCAGAUUGUGACCGUGGAAGGUGGUGGUGUGAACGCAACUGUAGUCACCGCGAACAUUGCUGCUACUAAUGGAUUGAUUCACAUUAUUGAUAGGGUCCUUGGUGUUCCCUAUACCACUGUACUGGACAAACUUAAGACCGACCCCAUGCUUAAUUCCACCUACUUCCUGGGACAACGACGCUCCUUUAACGAUCAACUAAACGACACCACAAAGCGUUUUACUUACUUCGCUCCGCGCAACUACGCCUGGAGCCGAGCUGAGGUCCAUUACCCCUCUACAACUAAGAAACUCUUCAUGCCUGACUUCAGCUAUCACACGAAACAAAUCUUGGAACGUCAUCUGGUGGUAGCGGACGAGGCAUACACAAUGGCCAAGCUAAAGGAGAUGGCGCACAACGACACCAUCAUCCUCCCCGCCGCCAGGGACAGCUUGAAGCUUCGCAUCCGGGAACACCCCGAAAGUGUAGAUGUCAAGAAACGCGACGAAAACGCGAUCCUUCCAGAAACUUUCGAUUACCAGAUCGAGUGGGGGGGAAAAUGGAUUUCUGUGUUCCGUCCAGACGUCGAGUGCACCAACGGCAUCAUCCACGUGAUCGACGAGGUGUUCUUGAAGGAUAGCGACGUCAGAGUGACCGGAACAGCGUCGAUCACCAGCUUGGCACCGCAUUUAAUCAUGAUCCUGGUAGCCAAAUGGCUGCUUUAAGGGCGAAUCUCUACGAGUUUUGUCAUAGGUGCACCUAGGAAUUUGUUUCGGGACCGUUUCCGAUCGUCCAUCUCCAGGAGAACGCUAUAUACUGGAUUCCGACUCCAACGUGUUGGACGAACGAUCUUCAGGAUCGAUUACGUCCUCGAAUGAUGUUGACUAGUCCUGAAGUUGGGUCGAGUCCGAGUUCUCUGAGCUGCGUAAACUUCGAGGGUAUCCUCGUUAAUGACCCCCUUUACAUGUGUUCUCUGUUAAAAUAAAAAAAGAUACAAAAUCGGAGACGCGAUCGGAGAUGAUCCUGAACGAAGCCACUCCAGGUCCAGGCCCUUGAGCUGAUCGUCAAUGAGGAUAUCGCGAUCCUCGACCAGACAAGUGCCGGACCGAUAACUUAAGUGGUCGAAGCUUAACCUGGAAACGUACUACUUAGCGGUUUCAGCAGUCGAAUUAAUCGUCGUCAUUAAACGGUUCGCUACGAACGAGCUGGUGUUAUUUACGUAACGAUAGGGAUCCUUUUCAUUUGAAGUUUUAUCGUAUCGAUGGAAACAGUCGGGCUGUUGUGGAACGUCCGAGGAUUUGGAGUCUCGUUUUAAAGGAAAAGACAUUAGGGACGAUUCCGUAGCUGGGCCCGGACUGUUUCCCCGGUGUUUAGAGGCGCCAAUGAUCGUACCAAAUAAUUAAUUAACCGUACCAAGUAAUUUAGAGAAAGUCACGAGCGAGGGACGAACGUGGAGGCAGAGCUGAGAUUUCGGGGAACCUUCUUCGAGUACUAGGGCGACGGGGAUGGCUUUUUUUUUAGAUUUAUUCUAACUGGUCGACGCUUGUUACUCCUCUCGUGUUCUGAUCAGAUCUGGACAUUUCGUUUGAUAAACCGUUGUUCGAAAUGUCUCCAUUUGAAAAUUUUGUUUGAGACGAUAAAUUCAAAUAAAGUAUUUCAUUGUAUUUUUAUUUUCAAUCUGGUAAAGGAUGGAAUUGAAGAACUUUAUUUCAAGAAAUUAUUAAGGAUUGAUCAACUUCUUUUGCAAAAAAUUCAUUAAAGAUUUGGUAUGUUAUAUUGGUUAUGUUGUAAAGUCCCAUUUAAGUCAAAUAUUUGAAUUAUUGUACUUAUGAUAAAAUAAUUUAAUUCUUAAUAUAAACAGGAAUAUAAAAUUAUAAAACUCAUGAAUUUUAUAAAAUUUAAUAAUUAAUAAAACAGGUUAUCCUUAUAUUUUCAUCGUUUUUAUUAUAAAUGUAGAAUUAUUGUAAAUUUCUUUCUUAUUUAAAACUAAUAACAUUAAAAAAAAUACCAAUUCUGUGGUUACCUAAUAAAACCGUAAUGUUAGAAAAACAGUUUUCAUAAAUUUGAGAUAAUUGUUUAUAUUAAAAAAUCUGAUUGAAUAUUCGAUUAAAAAAAUUUGUUUAAUUAAUUGUUUAUAUAUACUCAAACACUUGAAUGAUUUUUUGAGUAAUUUCUUGAAAUAAAAUAACACAAUUCUCCAUGAAAAGUAAUGUCAUAAAAAUGUCGAAAUCUGAUCGAACGACCUAGAAACUACCGCGAAAGUUCAUCGAACACCAAACGAGGAUGAUGUAUAUCCUUUCUACGCUGAUAUUCGAGAAUUUAGCUCAUACUGUCCCAUCGAACGCUGUCGAUAUUCAGGCCAUAAGUUUCGCCUAAUUAUGGUACUUCGAUUUCAAUGACAAUGACACGCUAUACUUCUGUGUGUAUGCGAAUCACGUUGCGAGACACUCUUGUCACAUCGUUAAAAAUCUGAAAGCUGGCUCGACGAUGUAUAUGAAUAUACAAAAUAAAACCUCGUUCUCGAACAUCCUGUCGA